UGCAAAUUCCAUCUAUAAGGAAAUGGGCAGAGUAACUGAUAAGCCGAGGCUAACAGAGAUUACUUGGAUCUUGCACUUGGAUGAGGCUACUGCAGGAAGCAUCUGAAGUUGCUUGAUACUUCAACCACAUCAGUUUUGAUUAAUGCAUUGUAGUAUAUAUAAAAAUAAUUUUCUAAAUAAAAUGUUUUUAAAAUUUUAUUAUUUCUGCGCAUGAUUCAGAAAACUAUUGUCAUUAAUACUUAUAAAACUGAAAGUACGAAAAAAAGCCAUGCCGAUAUAGUAGUUUGUUAGUAGAUGACUUCUCUUUAUUAUGUUUUAGCAAGCCUUUUGUUUAUAUAAUUUAAAUGUGACUUGUUUAUAUAUAUGAUAUUCGAUAAAAAAAUAUAAAAAAUAAAUAAUGUUAAAAAUUGUUUAGGGCAUCCAAAAACAUUGUAGGUACUGUAUAUCAGAAAGACAGAAACAUUACACAACAGAGAAAUCUUUGUUAAUUAUUUCAGUGACAUUAUGAUGAUAGUAAAACUAUGUUAAUGUAAAGAUUUUCCGUCUCUCUUUAAUGCAGUUCCAAAAUCAAUAAUACCGAAAAGCUUUCUACGGGAUGAUUUGAUUCUUAAAUUAUUAUUUUGGCGUGCAUGCAUUUUUUUAAAUCAUCAGUUCGUGUAUUAAUGCAGGGAAUUGACCAAGAUUGGUAUCAAUCUCAACAGCAAAACACAAAAAAAAAAAGGAAAUAAAUCUGAAUUUAUGGGAAACUGAUUGCUGUUGAAAGUAAAUUAUACUUAUAUAUAAUUUUCGUUUCCAUAAUCCUUUGUUUGUAUCAUAAAUUGAAUCUUUCUAUUAAUAGUAACGUAUCAUUAUUUUCUUUAAAAUACAUUUGAACGUGGUCAGUGUUUUCUUUAAAAUACAAAAAUGAUGGCGUCUCUGCUCUAAAAACUCACACAAGUGAGUUCCCACAACUCUUCUAUUGAUCUUGUAAUUCUGUAGCCAUUUUCUUUUGUGGUUCUUGUUCAUAUAACACAUUCAAGAUCAUGUCAUGUUGUUUUCUAUGUAGGUUGUAACUGUUGAGAUCUGUCACUAUGAUCAGUUCCAAGAAGAUGGAUAGAAUCAGCAAUCUACCAGAAGCUCUGAUUAGCCACAUAUUGUCAUUCCUCCCCACAGAAGAGUCUGCUUUGACUUCAGUUCUCUCCAAAAAAUGGCGGUAUCUGUUUGCUGACAGACCAAACCUUGACUUCGAUGGCUCGGUCAUACGUUUUCAUCCUGAUACGUGUGAAUCUGACAUUCUAAGAGUCUUUACUCGUUUUGUGGAUAGAGUGUUGAUGUUGCAAGGAAACUCCACUGUAGACGAUUUCUCUUUAAAGUGUGGACAUGGUGUUGAAUCAGACUGUGUCAGAAACUGGAUACUAAAUGUGUUGGAACGUGGUGUAUCGGAUCUUGAUUUACACUUCAACCUGGUUGGAGUUUCUCUCCCUUCAGAGGUUUUUAUGAGCAAGUCACUGGAGAGGCUGAGGAUAGAAUCCAAAAAGGUUAUUCCCAUGGAUAUGGAAGAUGUGUUUCUUCCAAAACUCAAGACUCUUUACGUCAACAAAGUCAUGUUAGGUGAAGGUGAUGAUUGCUUUGAAAAGGUCACUUCUGGUUGUCAUGUCCUUGAAGAGUUGGUUCUGAUUAAUGUCUACUCUGAUUUUUGGAACCGUUCUGUCUCUUCCAAAACCCUCAAGAGUCUGAUCCUAUCUUGUUGUAUGGAAUUUGAUAAAAAUCCGGAUAGCGUUUCUUUUGAUACGCCCAAUGUUGUCUACUUGGAGUACUCUGAUUAUGUUUCAGGCAAGUAUCCAAAGGUGAACUUUAAUUCACUUGUUGAAGCUAGCAUCGACCUUGCAAUGACAAGUGAGCAGCAUGAACUUGCAAGCUAUGAACAUUUGGUGGGCGAUGUAACAGAUUUUCUCAUGGGAAUACGCAGUGUUCAGACCCUUUACAUAUCUGCCAACACUCUUGAGGUAUAUAGUAUAGUAUUGUAACUAACCCUGAUUUUUUUAGUUAGUUAUUUGCAUAUUGAUGAGAAGAUACAUUUUUGUUUUCAGGUUCUUACUUUCUGCUGUGAUCAUAUACCUGUAUUCCACAACAUGACUGGUUUAACUAUUCAGUCACGCAAGUCAGGAUGGGAAUCAUUGCCUGCUUUACUCAAGAAAUGUCCAAAUCUUGAAACCUUGGUGUUUGAUGUAAGAACACUAAUGAUAUAUCUUUAUUGCUAUCUUCUAACACAGACAGAACUAGGUUUCUAAGUUGUUUCUACUAUGAUUCAGGGACUCAGCCACACAUUUACAAUCAAGUGUAUGGAUGUUGAUGGGUGCCUAUGCAAGUAUUCAGGGGAGGUUCCUACUGGCUUAUCAUCAAGUCCAGUGAAGGUUUUGAAGAUUCUGAAAUUUGGUGAUGCUGGUCUAGAGAAAGAGACAGAUCUGAUCAAGCACUUCCUAGAGACAAUGCCGCAGCUUGAACAGCUGAUGAUAUACUACGAUACAUUGUUUGAUGAUAAUGUGAUUGAACUG